AUUUGACGGUUGAACACCUAAACGCCUCUUCUUACUAAAAAUCAAAACAUACUAUAUGUAGAACAUGUUUCAAAUAGAACCUAAUUACCCAUCCCCUUUUGUGCACGCACGUACACACGCGCGACGUCCACACGCACAAAUAUGGCGGCUUCUAUUUCACCUCUACGCUCCUCCUUCAGGAUUUGCUCACCGUUAACUGCACACUUUCACUGCUGCCGUGCCAAACUGCGGAUGCACAGAAAGUACGAGAGUCAAAGGAGGCAUCUGUACCACUCUGUGAGAAGGCACAGUGCUGUGGUGAUUUCAGGAACAGAGUUGGCCCGUCAGAUUCACAGAGAAAUCCAGCGAGAUGUGGAAGAGCUAGUCGCUCAGGGCAACAUGAGGCCCCACCUUGGCGUAAUCUUAGUCGGAGAUGACCCAGCCAGUCAUACCUAUGUUAAGAACAAGACCCGGGCAGCCACCAUCCUGGGUAUUUCCAGUGAGACAGUGGUUCGGCCCAGCUCAGUUUCCCAGGAGGAGUUGCUGGGGCUGAUCGAUAAGAUGAACCGUGACUGGAGGGUCAGCGGUCUCCUGGUGCAGCUGCCACUUCCAGAGCACAUCAACGAGCGAGCUGUGUGUAAUGCAAUUGCUCCAGAGAAGGAUGUUGAUGGUUUCCAUAUUGUGAAUAUUGGAAAGUUGUGCCUGGACCAGAGAUCGAUGGUACCUGCAACGCCUGCAGCUGUCUGGGAGAUGAUCAAAAGAGCAGGAAUUGAGACAGUGGGAAAGAAUGUCUUGGUUGCUGGUCGCUCCAAAAAUGUUGGAAUGCCCAUUGCUAUGUUGCUGCAUACCGAUCGCAACCAUGAACGCCCUGGAGGUGAUGCCACAGUGACGAUCGCUCACAGAUGUACACCAAGGGAUCAGCUGAAAAAACUUACUAUGCUGGCUGACAUCAUCAUUGCAGCGGCAGGUGUUCCAGGUCUGAUCACAGCAGACAUGGUGAAAAAGGGUGCAGCAGUUAUUGACGUCGGCAUAAAUCGCAUCCUGGACCAGAACACAGGGAAAGUCCGUCUCAUCGGGGAUGUGGAUUUUGAGGGAGUGAAGGAGAAAGCAGGUUUCAUAACACCUGUUCCUGGAGGUGUGGGUCCAAUGACUGUUGCCAUGCUCAUGAAAAACACUGUGACUGCUGCCAGAAAUGCACUGAUGCAUUAAAAACAGUAUACACCCUUCAUUUUAGUUUGCAUUGCAGAGAGGUAACAGCAUAUGAACAUGCAAUAACCUGCAUACAUUUCAGUAUACACGCAAAAACAAACCUCUCUGCUGAACAAUUACACACUUUUAUUUCAACAGUUUUGACCUCAAGAUUUCAUAUUUGCCUGGAAACCUACUUGAUAUGUACCAUGUUUACUUCCAUAUUUAUUAUUUAUUUUAUUAUUGUAAUUCAGAGUUUGCUUUUGUACAUGUUAGAUUAAUAUUUUUUCUACUGCAAUGUUUUGAUUUAUUGAAUAUGCUUAAAAUUAGCAAGAAAGAAGUCAUAAUAAAAGUGGGUUUCAGUCAGUGCCACGUCAAUGGGUUUAUUUUUUCAUUAUUAGUAUUUAAUUUCCAUGUAAUUGGACUCAU